AUGGGUUGUGUCUUUGCUUUUCUCUCGACUGUCAUGCGGCAUCUAGUGCUCAUUAAUUUAAGCUCUUCUAAUUCCCUCUAUCGUGCCUAUCAGUAUCCUAACCCUCGAUUUCCAGAGCUCAACGCCGAAAGAGAGACUUACUACUUCAGGUCCAUGAAAAUGGGACCAAGAGCAUUGACUGCCAUCUACUGCUCACCCACAAUAACGGGACAUGAGCUUCUGGAAAAAAUUAGCAGUGGUUAUGUUGAUGUCACGGCACCAGCCGAGCCUACAUUACAAAACAUUCCCGAAGCCGAGGAAGCUUGUCUAGCUAAGAUUCGACCAUUGCUUUCGGAGAUUUCGAUUUCGCAGCUCUUGAAGAUUCCCGGUAAUUUUGAGCCUUGUACAAGCAAAAUUAUAGCCAGCUUAGCUUUUAAUGGAAUCUUUCAAAUCUAUGGGGGCUAUAAGUGUUUUGCGCCGCCAGCGAAGUUCACGAGACCUAUCGUCAAAGCGGACGUUGCUUUGAAAAUGGAGAAUCUAUUCUCUGAUGAUGAUGUCAUCUUCAGCACCAUCCAAAACCGCCAUAUCAGAGCACUUUUGUGGUACCAGGGACACCUGCAAAUAUUUGAACGAAGACUUGACACUGACAAGAUUUGGGUCCCCACUACGACUAUCGGCUCGGAGAGCACCAAUGGCAGGCUGAUAUCCGAUUUUGUGAGACGAAAAUUUUUCCUUACCAUGAUGAAAACAAAAAACGCAGGGGAUUAUAAGAUUAUUAUAUCAGGCCUCACUCUUCCAGAAGAAAAUCAAGAUCUAUUAGUAGCUCUGGAAUUGUUGGUAAAGUAUUAUAACACGGACGAUCAUUUUCUUGAUGACGAAAUACGCUAUUUAAUCUUAAAGGGCCAAUUAUGUAAAGAAAUUCCGCAGCCCUAA